CCAUUAAAAGAGUUGAUGGAGACACAUACUAGUGAUGGAAGUCAUCUGGAGGGACUCUUUCCAUUCGUCACACAAGAGAGAGGACCGGUCCCACAGUGUGCCACUGAGAAUCACCUCAGCAGCCUCAAGCAAGACAUUUUAAAUGAAAAGAUGGAGUUGGAGGCAACGCUUAAGGAAGCUGAGUUGGCCUCCUGUUCAAUAGAAUUACUUUUGCCACUAUUUAAGAACACCGUGGAAGGAAUUAGUUUCGAAAAUGCUAAUCUUUCUGCAUCGACUUUGAAGAAGAUUUUUGAACAGCACGAAAUAUUAUCAAAAGAAUUAGACACUUUUAAUCGUGUGAAAUUAGCCUUAGAACAACUUCUUAAACAGACACACCACAAACAAAUGGAAGAGAGCUCACCCAGCUUGUUGAAGGACCUCAGUGGCAAUGAAAGUGAGAAUACUAAUCUUCAAAGGAGGGUGCUUGAAAAAGAGGCCUAUAUUGGAGAACUCUCAUGUGUGUUUCAGAAUGAAAAGGAAAGCACUUUGAAAGCAAACCGGUUUUCUCAGUCAGUGCGAGUAGUACAUGAUCGUCUACACCUCCAAAUCCAGAAAAGGGAAGCUCAGAAUGAUAAGUUAAAAGAACAUGUAAAGAGCUUGGAAACCCAAAUAGCCAAGUGGAACUUGCAGGUGAAAAUGAGUAAGCAGGAGGCUGUAGCCAUCAAAGAAGCAAGUAAGCAGAAAGCUGUGGCUCUGAAAAAAGCAUCGAAAGUUUACAGACAAAGGCUGAGACACUUUACAGGGGAUAUUGAACACCUCACUGCCCAGAUCAGAGAUCAGGAAGCCAAGUUGUCUGAAGCAGUUUCGGCCUCCAAUGCCUGGAAAAGUCAUUAUGAGGAAAUCGUAAUAGAAAAAACUGAACUGGAAGUUCAGAUUGAAACAAUGAAAAAGCAGAUCGUUAAUCUUUUGGAAGAUUUGAAGAAAAUGGAGACUCAUGGGAAAAAAUCAUGUGAAGAAAUUCUUAGAAAACUUCACUCACUUGAAGGUGAAAAUGAAGCACUAAAUAUUGAGAAUGUGAAAUUAAAGGGUACGCUUGACGCUUUGAAGGAUGAAGUUGUUUCUGUUGAAAAUGAGCUCGUAGAAUUACAAGAAGUAGAAAAACAACAGAAAACUCUCAUCGACGUAUAUAAAACUCAGGUACAAAAAUUGCAAGAAGCAGCUGAAGUGGUAAAAAACAGAUGUAAAAAAUUGCUACAUGAAAAUAACCUAAUCAUAAAAAACAAAAACAAAAAGUUGGAGAAGAUGAGAGGCCAGGUGGCGGUGCACUUGAAGCAGGUAGAGCGCGCCCGCCACUCCUUCACAUCAGCCGAACAGAGACUUCAAGAGUGUCAGGAGAAUCUGCAGCGCUGCAAGGAGAAGUGUGCAGAGCAGGCGCACACCGUUAGGGAGCUUCAGGGCCAGGUUGAUGAAAACCAAAGCCUCCUAAGCAAGCUUUCUCUUGAGGAGGAGAAUUAUCUUAUUCAGUUAAAGUGUGAAAACCUUAAAGAAAAGUUGGAGCAGAUGGAUGUUGAGAAUAAAGAGCUGGAGAAGAGGCUGGCUGACCAAGAGGAGCAUCUGAAACGCAGCGACCUGCAGCUGGAAGAGAAGGCUGCGGAGUACACAAUGCUGUCCAGGCAGCUGGAAGCCGCGUUGGAAGAAGGGAGGCAGAAGGUUUCUGAAGAAGUAGAGAAAAUGUCAUCUAGAGAGAGGGCUUUACAAAUUAAAAUAUUAGAUCUGGAAACUGAGCUUAGAAAGAGAAAUGAAGAGCAAAACCAACUUGUUGGCAAAAUAAACAGUAAAGCCCAGCAUCAGGAUGUAUGUCUGAAAGAAAUACAGCACAGUCUUGAGAAGUCGGAGAACCAAAAUGAAAGCAUUAAGAACUAUUUACAGUUUCUUCAGAUUUCCUAUGUAACAAUGUUUAGAUAAAUUGUCGAAUUUAUUGA